AGAUGUUGAAGAAUACUGGAAAAUUAGCUGGUAAAACAUUAUUUAUCACCGGCGCGAGCCGUGGCAUUGGAAAAGCCAUUGCGCUGAAGGCAGCUCAAGAUGGAGCAAACAUUGUUAUCGCCGCUAAAACCACCGAACCUCAUCCAAUACUACCUGGAACGAUAUACACUGCAGCAAAAGAAGUUGAAGAGGCAGGAGGAAAGUGCCUUCCCUGUGCAGUAGAUAUUCGUGAUGAAAACGCCGUUAACAGUGCAGUACAAGAGGCUGUAAAGACAUUUGGUGGGAUUGACAUACUUGUUAACAAUGCUAGUGCAAUAAGCUUGACAGGGACUUUGGAAACACCAAUGAAAAAAUAUGAUCUGAUGAAUAAUGUCAAUGUAAGAGGGACAUUCUUGUGUUCCAAAGCAUGCAUUUCAUAUUUAAAGAAUGCAGAGAAUCCUCACAUUUUAAAUGUGACACCACCUUUAAAUAUCAGACAUGCCUGGUUCAAAGAACAUGUUGCAUAUUCAUUAUCUAAGUAUGGAAUGUCAUUAUGUGUCCUUGGGAUGUCUCAAGAAUUCAAGGAUGAUGGGAUUGCAGUAAAUGCACUGUGGCCUAAAAAAGGUAUUGCCACUGUUGCUGUCAUGGUUACUGCAGGGAAACAAGGCUUAGCCUACUGUCGAAUAGACAAGUUUUUUGCUGAUGCUGCAUAUAUCAUGUUGACAAGAGACAGUAAAACAAGGACAGGAGAGUUUCUUUAUGAUGAAGAUGUUCUUAAGGAGGCAGGAAUCACUGACUUUGAACAGUAUUCUUAUAUUCCAGCUGGUGCACCAGUGCCAGACAGUUUUAUUGAUGGUUAUUCUCCCACACUGCAAAGAAACUCCUCCAAGGAUACCAGGGAAACUUCCUCUCACAGGAGUCAAGUGAGAGGGGUAGUAGACAUUUUUGAUGCUGUUAAAAAUUUUUUGGAUGAAAAGCUUGUUCAGAAAGUGAAUGCAGUCUUUGAGUUUCAUUUAACAGGAAAGGAAGCUGGAGUGUGGUAUCUUGAUCUUAAGAGCAGUACAGGUGAGGUUGGAAGAGGUUCUUUUUCAGGAGAUGAGGUGAACAGUACAGUAAUGUUAGACUCAGAGGAUUUUGUGAAGUUGUUCACUGGCGAACUUAAUCCAGCACAAGCGUAUUUGGGAGGAAAACUCCAGCUUACAGGAAGCAUGCAUAAAUUUAUGAAACUUGAGAAUCAGCUCCUACAAAAGAUGAAAUCCAAAUUAUGAACGUUACUCUUUUUGAGAAGAAUUUAGUCUUGUUCAAAGUAAAAAUAAUAAUAAUAAUAGUAAUUAUAUUGAUUGUUAUCAUCACCACUAUUAUUAUUAUUAUUUGGUGUUAGUAUUGGUAUCAUCAUUACUGUUAAAUUGUGUUUAUAGAAUUAAGGACUUUUUUCUAGAGAUGAAGAGGAACAUAUUUAAAUAUUUUCUUGAGGAGUAACUCAUAGUUAAUAAGCUGCAUUAAGGAGAGAGGAAAGUAAUGAAUGAAAGCAAUCUUUGCAGUGAUGAACACUACUGAAUGAACUACGACCUGCACAGGCCUUGAAUUUUUUUCAUGCCCUAUUUUCACCACCACUUAAGUAAUGUUUAUUACUGCAAAGAUUGCUUCCAUUCAUUUCUUCAUUAAACCACAGUUCACAUGUAUGAGUUUCCUAUAUAUUCACAGAGGAAAGUAAGUAAGGAAGGAAUUGUCACAUUACCAAUCACCAAAGUUUCUGGCAGAAAUCUUUAUCUAAAAGUUUCAUAUAAGGGUACAGGGUGUUUUCAUCUAAGGUUACCCCAAACUGUAUAUUUGAAAUCCUGAACAAAGUAAAUACAUUUUAAUCAAGUACAUCUAAAGAUACUGGGUAAUUUUGUCUACAGUAAAGUGAGAUAUGUAGGUAAAAAUGAAAUGGUUAUGACACAGUUACAUUGCUGUUGUUUGUGUUACUCAUUCAUUCUUCCAUCGUUCGGAUCAAAGUGUACAUAUUCAGAGUUCUUUUUACCAGAUGUCAUGUUGCUUUUGUCAGUAUUUGUAAUAUUGUCCUGUGGUAUUACCUUCAAUACUUGAUCAAAUAAACAGACAUAAAUUGUGUAGAUA